GACAGCGCUUUGAAAUUGUAAGUAGCUCGCUUGAGAUGCACUCCAACAAGGCUGCAAGCCACAUGCGAGUGCACCAUGCAUGUUUCCCCGACGAAUUAAUUAACCUCGUAUAACUUGGCCCAUAUAAUAAACAACAACGACCGAUUAUCUCCGCUAAUUAAUCCAUCGCGUACACAGAAACCACGAACCAUCUUAAUCAAGUACACUAGCUAGUAGUAUCAUGCAGUUGCUCAGCUAGCUAUAAAUUUGCAACCUCUAGCUUGUUGUCUAUCAUUCGUAGCUAGUUGAUCUUACAACAUAGGAACCUUUUCUAGCUAGCUAGCAGAAAAAAGACCACCAUGGCGGUGCCAGCCAAGUGCCUCCUUCUGUUCUCCCUCUCCGCGGCGCUCCUCUCUCUGCUUGGCACCGGCGCCUCCGCCAUGGGCCUGCCCCAGCCUCAUGUGCCGGUGAACUUCACCAUCGGCGUGCAGGGCAUGGUCUGGUGCAAGACCUGCAGGUACAUCGGCUACAACGCAAACAUGGACGCCUCCCCGCUCAAAGGCGUGGAGGUGUACCUGCAGUGCCGGCACGGCCCGCGGCGGCUGAAGAAGUUACCAGGGACAUCGGGGCAGGGCGGCUACUUCGUCAUCCAGUCGGCGCACAUGGCGUCCUUCACCAACGACGAGUGCAAGGUGUACGUGGAGAGCUCGGCCUCCACCGCGUGCGGCCUCGUCGACGAACCCGCCGCCGGCGAGGGGCUGCCACUCAAGUUCGACUCAUUCGUCAAGCACGGCGACGGCCUGCAGGCGCUCUACUCCGUCGGCAACAUCUUCUUCCGCCCCAGCAACCCCAACAAGUGCUACUGACGCAUCCAUCCGUCAUGUACGUACUUGUGGGACUUGAAUAAAUGGGUCAGGAACUCAGGAUGAACUAGCUGUUGGAGUAGCUGGGGAUAUAUAUAUCCGGUGCUGUACUGUUGAUUUAAGUUUUUUCUGUUGUUGCAGUGGUUUUAUAAGCUUCUUUUAAUUAGCAACCGCAUGAUCGAAAUAACUCUUAAUAUGAUUAGGGCAGUGUAUGUCAUGUCAUGUGAUGACUAACCGAUGUUCUACAAGGCUCUCUGUAUAACUAGUACUCCUACUUCGUAAGUUCAUUCAAGUCGGAU